AAUAAAUUCUCAGUGAGGAGUUGACGUUUCUCCGGCCGAUCGAAGGACGAGAAAAAGAAGUCAGUAAAUUUCACACUUUUGAACACUCUUUGUGGUGCAGUUCAGCUUAGAUUGUUUUAUUCUUCAAUUGUGAUUGACCUACAUCCUCCCUUUGCUCUAUGAGAUUUUCUUAUGUACCAACGUUAGGUUGGAUCAGACAGUUCUCAACUUCAAAAUCAAAUUCAAAUCACGAAAUUCAGAAUCAGAUUUUCUGCCAUCACGUUUCGACUGCCCUGCCACUGCUGCAGCCGCAUCAUCAGUCAUGAAUCUGGCCGAGAGGAAAGGCGAGAAUUCGUAUGACAACAAUCUCCUCUACGCAGGAUUCAAUCAAGACAAUGGUUGUUUUGCAUGUGGAAUGGAGUCUGGUUUCAGGGUGUAUAAUUGUGACCCUCUAAAGGAGAAAGAGAGACAAGAUUUCACAGAUGGUGGAGUUGGGCAUGUUGAGAUGUUGUUUCGAUGCAACUAUCUUGCUUUGGUGGGCGGUGGCAAGAACCCUCAUUAUCCUCCCAAUAAAGCUAUGAUCUGGGAUGAUCUCAAGAAGAAACAUGUGAUUGAGCUUGAGUUCUCUAGUGAAGUCAAGAGCGUGCGAUUAAGAAGAGACAGGAUAGUUGUGGUCCUACAGUCUAUGAUCAAAGUCUACACGUUCACACAGAAUCCUCAGCAGCUGCAUGUCUUUGACACAUGUAUGAAUCCUAAAGGUCUCUGUGUUCUGUGCCCGAACAGCAACAAUUCAUUGCUUGCCUUCCCUGCCACAAAGACAGGCCAUGUGCAGAUCAUUGAUCUCGCUCAGACGGACAAACCCCCUUUAGAUAUAGCAGCACACGAGGGCGUCCUAAGCUGUUUAACAUUCAACCAUCAAGGAUCAAGACUAGCAACAGCAUCAGAUAGGGGCACGUUGAUCAGAGUUUUUGAUACAGGCAACGGACAACAACUCCAUGAGCUAAGAAGAGGAUCAGGAGGGGCUCAGAUAUACUGUAUCAACUUCAACCAGGAUUCCACCAUGCUGUGUGUGUCAAGCGACCAUGGAACCAUUCAUGUCUUCGCUCUAGAGGCAGACGCACAGAAGAACAAAAAAUCACACUUAGCAUCAGCCACUUUCCUGCCAAAGUACUUCAACUCGUCAUGGAGUUUCUGUAAAUUCCAGGUGCCCAACCACGCCCAGUGCAUCUGUGCCUUCGGUUCUGAUCCAAACUCGGUUGUAGCUAUCUGUGCUGAUGGAAGCUACUUCAAAUUUGUCUUCAACAACAAGGGAGAAUGCAGUCGAGACGUCUACACGCGAUUCCUUGAGAUGACCGAUGACCACAGUUGAGACCCCUUUCCUCUUGACCGGUCCGACAGCGAGUCACCUAAUCACAUGACCAGGCAAGACGUGUAAUUCCAUGUGUGAUAAUAUAUAGAUUGAAGCUGAUAAUAAGUGCAUUGGAAAUAGUAUUUUGUUGAUUGAAUCUUACAUUAGGGGGUGUUUCACGAAACUAAUGGGAUGUUGCAAGAAACUUGCGAUCAAUUGCAAGUCUAUUUUUGGAUCCUAAAUCAAUCAUAUGUCUUGCAAU